AUGCCGUUAACCGGGGUGAAUAAGGGAUUUUUGCAUCGCUGUUGUAUUCAGCUCUCGUCCCCGUUAAUGGACGACGCGGCGGUGGAGGCUGGGGUGGUCUACACCUUAUCGUUUGUGGAACUUCACGCGGGGGCCCACGCCGCCGAGCUCGCGCGCGCCCUUGUCUGGCGCAUCGUCGACACCGACGACGACGCGGACGGGGGCUGCCGCGACCGCACCGGGGCGUGGCGGGUUUUGGAUGCCGUUUUGCAGGAAUGCGGGGACCCGAAACGGGAACUCUGCCGGACCGUCCUGGCGGAGAAGUUAGCUCUCUUUCUUCCGUAUUUAAUCGCCCAUCGAUGGUACUCGGCGGUGGUCCCGCGGGAUGGGGAGCCCGCGACCUCUGGGAGACUCCUCGCGGACGCCGUGGGGUUUCGAAAGGUCGUCUCGGCCGAGGUCCUGACGGGGACGGAGCGCCGCGUGAGCGACGCCCAGCGCGUCCACGCCCUCACACGGAGGUAUCGCGGGAUAAUGGCGGCCUGGCGGGGGCUUUGGCGGGCGGAUGUCUAUGAAAGCCUCCGACAUAUCGUGCGGAGUGUGGAGCGGGGGGGGAAUUACCUUUCCGCGCAGGGGGCGACGUACUUGGAGAUUCCGAACGGGUUCCGCGAUAGUUUAUGGCGGCUGCGGCGGCACACCCCCCGUCCAGGGAUCGCGCGGCUUAUGCUCUUCGCGUACGGGUGGGAUGCCCACGCGAAGGAGGCGACAACGGGGAAGGAUGAAAGCGACGAGAACGACGCGGGGAGCUCGGGGUCGAUGCGGAUUCCCGAUAACCCGUCCGCGAUCGCCGCGAUGGAUGCCGCGAUGCACCCGACGGUACGGCACUGGCUCCGACGGCUUAUCAGCGCUAAAGGCGGCUGUCGAGGCUGUGAUACCUGGCGCCACCUCGAGGAGCGUUGUCCGUGUGAGAUUCCCUUCACCAAAACCCCAACGCUGCAUGGGGACAGUGGUGGAGAGCGCUUGCCGCGUCGUUCGGGGAUGUUCACCGCGACCGCGGCCGAGUCCAGUUUGCAGGCUCUAAGUUAUAUGGAGGCGGUGGACAAGCUUUAUCGGCAUGGGAUUGCGCUGCCGCUGCGAAUGACCACCGUCCUCGACCGCACAACGCAACUUAUUAUGGAGGAAAGGCCCUACGACGACCUGCUCACUGCGUUUGAUCGCGUGCGGGGCGCGAUUACGGGGCCUCGUGAACGACACGCGCUGUGGCUGCACGCGGGGUAUCAACUGAUGCCAUCCAAAACGGUCUUUAGCAAACCCAGUGAUGAUCAAUACAGCCCGGCUCUAGAAAAGGCGGAGCACUUCUUCAAAACUAACCGCCGAUUUCGGGAAUGGGAUCAGCUUCUGCGGAGCGUCGAGACUCUAGAUACGAUGUUUCGUCGUCGGGUGCUCCCGCCUCGGAUCCAGCAUAACUUGAAUGAGAUCAAAGAAACAAGCUCCUUUUUCUUUUGCUUGAUUGAUGGGUCCCUGCCGGAAAUUUUCACCCCCGGGCUGUACGCACGCGUCCCCGAGGAGGUUAUUGAGGUGGCGCCCCUCAAGGAUAGCAUAUGUGAGAUAUGUUUGGAGCCCUUCCACUGCACUGAGACCUGUACCUCAACUGUCAAAGAGCCAUGGGAUCUUCAGGUGGCGCGUCUGGUCUUGGAGGAGUAUGACCUGGAUUUUAUACGUUUUCCCAGCGAAUUCCAGAGGGUCGGGGAGGCCAUCGCGCGAAUCGAUCAAGAUGACCGACAAGCAAAAGAAUUUCGUAAAAAGGAGCUGAUGUUGGCGGUCAAACUUAUUCAUGAGCACCGAGUACCCAUAUGCAAGGAGUGUGGUGCCUGUGUGGGGCAUCGCAGCUCGGCUUGCACGACCUUGGCGAAGCGCGUGUUAGCGGACGAAAAUAUCCAACUUCUCGAUAUGUGUCUUAAUCCGGAAAUCGUCCAACGUCGGCUUCAUCAAUACCAAAUGGAACACAAGGAAAAAGAAUGGCGCCGCCUCCAUGAGGCCUAUCAACUACUCGGGGCCGGCAGCAAGGCCUACCCUUCCAGCUACUGGAUCGCCAUUAAAGAGCUUGACGACGCGCAAAUUCCACUCGCCGCAGCGCGGUAUAGUACGGAUGCGGUCCAGGGCUUUCUCCUUUAUAUUAAUUCCGGCGAUUUGCUCGCUCGGCUGGCGCCGCUUCGCGAUGAGCUUUUUCCCGAUGUUUGUCUUUUUUGUGAUUCUUAUCACCACAGCAGCGCGGUAUGCGGGCGCGCCGAAGAGGCCGAGCGCGGCUUUAUCGAGGAGCUUCAACGCGCGGGACUGAACCUUUGGCAGUACUUUCACCGCACCGAUUACUACGAUGAACGCCUCCCCACGGAUUAUCCCCAGGGCAAAGUUAGCGUUUUGAGUUUGGUUCGGCAAUUUUCUGAGGAUUAUGGCCCUGGAGGCGUCGCGCGCGCGCGUUUUAUGGAGUAUAAUGGCCUGGAAGAGAUUUCCCAGGUCGGAGCCGCGGGAACCUACACGCAAUCGUUAAUCCGUGGGAGUGGAAAUGGGGUGGUGGGGAGUUCGCCCUAUGGGUGCUCCUUCAGUCAGCUUGUGGAGCCGGUGCGGAAACAAGGGAUUCCUGAGGCCGCCAGCCCCACUUCUACCACCGCCUCGCUUUCGCAUUUCGACCUUGCCGAAAGCCUCCACAACAUCCAACCUUUAAAUGCGUUUAUGGAUGAGGUUUUACUCGGUGAUAAGGUCGGGGGAGGGGAAGAAAAUCACAAGAGGCCCCGAAACGGCACGAUGGAUCUGAAUGAAGACGAUCGUGACGACACAGAGCCACCCCGUCUCCGUUUUUCUUCCGAAAAUGCUGAAAAUACGCACUUUCAAAUGGCGAGUAGCCCCGCUGCCAUUCUCAUGGGUGAUUAA